AUGGCAAACUUCUUCGACAACAAAGCCCGAGCAGCACAAGCAGCGGCAUCGGGGUCAAGUUCGAAAUCAAAACCCAACGAUGGCGGCGGCGCCACCGCUCCUCGAAUGGCGCCGUGGGUGGAAAAGUAUCGACCAAAAUCGCUGGAAGACGUCCGGUCACAAGAUCACGUCGUCCAGACAUUAAACCGCAUGGUCCACGCUUCAAAUCUACCGCACCUUCUGCUCUACGGACCUCCGGGGACAGGCAAGACUUCGACCAUCCUGGCGCUUUGUCGAGAACUGUUUGGACCGGAGCUGUUCCACUCGCGAGUUCUGGAGUUGAACGCCAGUGACGAGCGAGGCUUGUCCGUGAUCAGAGAACGAGUCAAACAGUUCGCAGCCCUGCAUCUCGUCAGCGCCCCUGCCUCGAAGGAGUAUAGAGAUCGGUACCCGUGUCCACCGUUCAAGGUGAUUAUCCUUGACGAGGCUGAUUCGUUGACGCAAGAUGCUCAGGGCGCUUUGAGACGAGUAAUGGAAAUCCACAGCAAAAUCACCCGAUUUUGCCUUUGCUGCAACUACGUGUCCCGAAUCAUCGAUCCCAUAGCUUCUCGGUGCUCCAAAUUCCGAUUCAAAGCGUUAGAAGGCGACCAGGCGUCAUCGCGUGUCCAACAGAUCCUCGCGACGGAGAACGUCAAGUAUGAAGACGGCGUGAUCGAGCGAGCCCUGAAAGUAUCAGACGGCGAUCUCAGACGGGCCAUCAACCUUCUCCAGAGCGCGGCCCGACUCGUCGGAGCCACGCAACAAGCUUCGUCGAACGGGCAGCAGGCGUCGACCAAGAAAUCACAGACCAUCCCGGACGACUCGGACGAGGAAAUGGGCGGUGUCGACGACGACUCUACCGCCGCUGGCGCCGAACCUGACAAAUCGAAGAGUAUCCGGGUUUCCGACAUUGACGAAAUCGCAGGGACGUUCCCGCCCGACUUGACGGAGAGACUGGUCAAGGUUCUGCAGAAGGGGAACACGCGGAACUACGACGCCAUCGCGGCCGAGAUCACCGACAUCGCCGCGUCCGGGUACGCGGCGAACGAGGUCCUGUCGAGUCUGUACGGGAAACUCGUGUUCGACGACCUGAUCGACUCCAAGAAGAAGUACAAGCUCGCGCAGACCUUCUCGGAGUUCGACAAGAGGUUGGUCGACGGCGUGGACGAGCAUCUUGCCCUGCUUGACCUGUCGUGUCAACUGGCCGGUGUCUUGGCGAACUGA